GAUUCCAGCCUCGAUUCCGGGUCUACCUCCGACGUUUCCGGUCGCUUCGAUGACGCCGAGGAAUUGGACCACCCCCCCGCCCAGAGCAGGUCUCCCUCCGUUCACUCGACAAAACGACGUCGCUCGAAUGACUGGCCGCUGCAACAACACGACAAUGCCACGGACCAUGAGGUUCCGUCACGGAAGGAGAACCCCGGCGUUAGUAUCACUACGGGAUAUCGCAGGCCGUUUCACACGGCAAAUCUCAAGAGCAAUGGCUCGCCGCGGACAUUGAGAUAUGCACGCCAGGCUGGUCCGUCCAUUCGUGGCCGACGUUCGCGAUUCGUCGAGGGAAGCAUGAGUGACAGCGUGAGCGAGAAACCGCCGAGCAUCUUCAUGCGCGAUGACGCACGGAAUGCUGCUGGCCAACGACCCUCGGGGAUUUUCCGGUUCGGGAAAGCGAUCGCAUCGGCAUUCAAUCCUUUCGGGGCCUGGGGGUCAAAACCGCCUGCAGAAGGAGUCAAGCAGACAGGCGACCCUCUCAGUCAGGCGGAGAAAGCGUAUGCGGAGCUGAAGAAGUCGGGCUACAAGGGGACCGUCAAGGGAAGCUAUUUGCAGAAUCUGCAUGCAGAGUCAAACACUCCCCAGCGAUCGUGGAACCCGAUACCUGAGCAGAUGGAAAAUGGGCUUGUGGGGCGCCAUUCACGACAGAAUUCGGGCGACAUCACGGAAUCGGGGGCUUCAGUUCGGUCGUCAUUCCAGGAGCUGCGGAAAGCCAAGUCCUCUUUGGGAAUUCCACUUGUGAAACGGCAAGAUUCCAACAAGUUCCUGGAGGAGCUGGAGGGGUCUGCCGUCCGACGACAGAAGUCCCGCAAGGAGCUCCAACGGCAAGCCAAGCUGAUGAAGCGAGUCAGCGACCUGGAGGUCAAGCUGGAUCGGGCCCGUCGAGAACUGCGCGCACUCGUGGGCGAGGAGGAGGUGCUGGCACCGACCCCCUAUCUGGAAAAGCCUUACUCCCGGAAGUUUGUCCCAGGGGCGCUUCCCUCACUUCCUUCAGAGAGACUGCUGUACAAUGGGGUCGUAUCCCCGGCGUCUCCUCGAGUUGCGUCGGCCCCAUUGACCUCACUGGCAGAGAAUGUCCAGCGAGAGACAACACGCCAGCUCAGCAGCGGGCCGCACGAACUCGCCGGGACGCCAUAUACUACGCUCAAAGCCCCCAAAGACCGUCACGGACAAACUUCUCUUAGCGCAGACAGUCCCUCGCUCAAGCGGAAAUCACCCGAUCCGGAGUCAUUAAAAGCUGCCCAAACAGACUCAAGGCACCCGACCCCUCACGCUGACCAGCCCGCUAGCUCCGAGGAGGCCACCACUCCCCGACGGGCCAAGUUACCGAAGAUGUUCACCAGCGAUAGCCCCGGCUCCGUAGAGCGGAAGCAAUCGAGGGACACUGGCCGUUCCCCAAGCGAAGAGCGCGGACGACGACGCUCCCAGCCUCUCCGAUCUGCAAGCACGCGGUCUCCUUCCGGGCGAAGACGAGCCUCGAACUCGUGCAACCGCGCGCAGCCCAGCCUUCGCAUGAAGAAAGGCCGCGCUGACCUCCGCUCCGCGAGUACCGGCGAGCCCAUCCAGUCACUUGACGACCAUGACAAAGAGAACCGCCAAACCACGCCGACAACCCAGGCGGAUGACGGCAACGAGGAGCCCCAAGCGCUAAGCUCUCCGGAUGAGGGCACCUCCCCGUCCCCGAGUAAGAAAAAGCCCGUCCGCUACGAAUACAUACCUCCUGUCCCGCCCCUCCCGAAAGACCUCUCCGCCACGGCAGCCAAGGUCGACCGCCGCCUCGCCAAGGAGAUGGUGAAGAAGUGCGAGGCGCGCAAUAAGGCCAUGGCACAGGCCGGAGCCAAAAUGGAGGACGCAGAGGAGAUCAAUGGCUUUAAAUGGCCGGAGGAUUUCUUUUAA